AUGCCAACCGGCCAGCAGGAACAUCAAUAUCACCUCUCGGCAAAAACAGGGUCCUCGUCUCCUGCUAAUGGGUUGAUCCAGAUGGACGCCCCCCAGCCUUAUAACCCCUGUUACUACUCCCUCGACACCUGGGCGAGAUCCAGAUCCAACCUGGUGCCGGAAACAAUCAUGCCUCCCCAGGAGUAUACCGAUCCCUGGGGCAUGGGGUCAGGGUCCUACUUGCUCAGUCCAACCCACUCCACCAAGCGGAUGGACCACCAAACCCAAUCUCAGUAUUCUUACUACCCGGCCUCCCCUUCCAAAGUCACUUCUGCUUCUAUCAUGGGCCCCUCGCCCAACAUGGGCCAGUCAAGUCCCGAAGUACAGCAGCACAGGGACCAGGACGAGUCCAUGGAAUGGAAAUCCAACUGCAUCACCUCUCCAUCGUUUGACCAGCAGAAUGGCUAUUCUUAUUCCACGCCGCUGGGCCCCUCUGGGAACCCCAUCUCAGCGAUGCGCGCUCCUCCACUGUCGCCACCUUUCUCUAUUUCUUCUCAUUCUCCUUCACUGUCUCGGGACAGCACGAGUCCUCUCAAUACGCUUCCCACUGCGCUCACUACUUCCCCGCCGACCAGCAUUGCUGGCAACAGUGAGGAAGACUUUGGGGCUGAUCCCCCAUACUCGCAGCUUAUCUUUGAAGCAUUGAGGCACACCCCGGGACAGAAGCUCCCACUUCAAGGAAUCUACAGCUGGUUCGAAAAAAAUACCACCAAGGCCAAGGACCAGAACUCCAAGGGAUGGCAGAACAGCAUCCGCCAUAAUCUCUCGAUGAAUGCAGGGUUCGAAGCCAUCAAGGAAGAAGCAGCACCAGGCAAGAAAGCAGUGAACUUCUGGCGCCUCACCAAAGAGGCCUCCCGGCGUGGCAUCCAAUCGACCACGCGAUAUCGCAAGCAGGCGAAUCACAGAAAAGCCAUCAGCCCCGGUCCCCCCGUCCCUCAACGUCAGCGAUCCGGGUCCAAGGGCGGCAGGGCCUCGAAGAGUGCAGCACAGAUGCGCCAUCACGUCCAGGAUAAGCGCAAGGAACAGUAUCGCUCCCGACCACCAAUGCACCAAUCACCUCGUUAUUAUUCUCCCCUUCCUGCCCCUUCUUCUCCUUCUUCUCCUCUUCCACAUCAGCAGCAGAUCAAUCCAUCCCUGGACCCGUCGGCUGUGCCUAUGCCGCACUACCAUGCUCCACACUCCCUGGCCCCAGCGCCGAACGGCCUCGUCCAAGUCUACGACCACAGCACGCUUAUCGGAUGCACGAGCCCUCCUCCCGGCGACAACCAAGUUUUCUGUGAUCCCGUCGAUCCGGGAACCAACUAUGCUGCGUUCGACAGGGCGCACCUGGGCUGGUAUGGGCUGCCGUCAGGGUUCAAUAAUGGGCCCAUGAUCGGCUCUGAACGCCCAGCCGAUCUCCAUCUCGGUGUGUAA